AUGGAACAGAGCAGGGUGUGGAAGAAUAUCUGCGGAAAUAUUGUAAAAUUGUUGCGCGGUGGCAGCGUCCUGCUAUAUGGGUCAGAAUGUUGGGCUCUGAAAAAGACGGAUGAAAAGCGAUUGCAUGUAGCAGAGAUGAGAAUGUUGAGAUGGAUGUGUGGUGUGACGAGAAUGGAUAAAGUGAGAAAUGAGUAUAUUAGAGGAAGUCUGAAAGUGGCGCCAGUGACUGAAAAGCUGCAAGGGAACCGUUGGUCCUGGUGGCCAUGUGAAAAGGAGGGAUGA